UUUAACUCUUUUGUCUCUUUGAGUGUUCAAAGGGGAGUGAAACGAAGCAAGAAAGGUCGUUCCUUUGAGAAACCCAGAAGGUUAUGAGUCCCAGAGGUUUGAUGGGGAAUUUAACCAGAGGAAAAUUUGUUUUGCUUCUGUGUUUUUGCUACUGGGCUCUUGCUGUUACAGCUUCUUUGACUUACGAUCGCAAAGCUGUUAUUAUUGAUGGAAAGAGAAGGAUUCUGAUCUCUGGGUCCAUUCACUACCCAAGAAGCACACCUGAGAUGUGGCCUGAACUCAUACGAAAGGCCAAAGAUGGAGGCUUAGAUGUUAUACAGACCUAUGUGUUUUGGAAUGGUCAUGAACCUUCGCCUGGAAAAUAUUAUUUCGAGGAUAGGUUCGACUUAGUGAAGUUCAUCAAGCUGGUUCAGCAAACUGGCCUUUACGUUCAUCUCCGCAUUGGUCCCUACGUCUGUGCAGAAUGGAACUUUGGGGGAUUUCCUGUUUGGCUGAAGUUUGUUCCGGGUAUUACCUUCAGAACUGACAAUGAGCCUUUCAAGGCCGCAAUGCAAAAGUUUACUGAGAAGAUUGUCAGCAUGAUGAAGGAAGAGAAGUUGUUUCAAGCUCAGGGGGGUCCAAUAAUUCUGUCCCAGAUAGAAAACGAGUUUGGACCUAUUGAGGGGAGACUUGGUGCUGCUGGAAAAGCUUACACGCAAUGGGCAGCUAAAAUGGCAGUAGGUCUUGACACUGAGGUGCCCUGGGUUAUGUGUAAGCAACCGGAUGCUCCUGAUCCAGUGAUUGACACCUGUAAUGGGUACUACUGUGAUAGCUUCAAAUCCAACACGAAGUACAAGCCCAAAAUGUGGACAGAGAACUGGACUGGCUGGUAUACUGAGUUUGGUGGCGCAACACCACUGAGACCAGCUGAAGACCUGGCAUUGUCAGUUGCAAGAUUCAUACAGAAUGGUGGUUCAUUUGUCAAUUACUACAUGUAUCAUGGAGGAACAAACUUUGGUCGAACAUCUAGUGGCCUCUUCAUCACCACAAGCUACGACUAUGAUGCUCCUGUUGAUGAAUAUGGACUUCUGAAUGAACCCAAAUGGGGGCAUUUGAGAGAUUUGCAUAAAGCAAUAAAGCUAUGCGAGCCAGCUUUAGUGUCUGCAGAUCCUACGGUGACGCAGCUUGGGAUGAACCUGGAGGCUCAUGUGUUCAAGACAGAUUCUGGUACUUGUGCUGCAUUUCUUGCAAAUUAUGACACCAAAUCUGCUGCAAAAGCUACAUUUGGAAGUGGCCAAUAUGACCUACCACCUUGGUCUAUCAGCAUUCUCCCUGACUGCAAAACUGCAGUUUUCAACACCGCAAGCGUUGGUGCCCAGAGCACUGUGAUGGAGAUGACACCGGUGGAUGGUCAAUUCACUUGGCAGUCAUACAAUGAAGAACCCGCGUCUUCCAGUGAAGACGAUUCCUUUACUGAAUAUGCACUCUGGGAGCAGCUUAAUGUCACCUGGGAUUCUUCAGAUUAUUUGUGGUACACGACAGAUGUCAAUAUUGAUCCUGAUGAAGCUUUCAUAAAGAGUGGGGAAUCUCCCUUCCUCACCGUAAUGUCAGCAGGCCAUGCUCUACAUGUUUUCAUAAAUGGCCAACUUUCAGGAACUGUGUAUGGGAGUUUAAAGAAUCCUAAAUUAACAUUUAGUGACAAUGUUAAGCUGAACGUUGGCAACAACAAACUCUCUUUACUUAGCGUUGCUGUGGGUCUCCCGAAUGUAGGCUUGCACUUUGAGACGUGGAAUGCUGGGGUGUUAGGCCCAGCCACACUAAAGGGUCUAAAUGAGGGGACCAGAGAUUUAUCUCAACAGAAAUGGUCUUACAAGGUGGGGCUGAAAGGUGAAGCCUUAAGCCUUCAUACUGUAAGUGGGAGUAAUUCUGUUGAAUGGGCAAAGGGAUCCUUGCUGGCUAAGAGGCAACCCUUGACAUGGUACAAGACAACUUUUAGUACACCGGCAGGCGAUGAUCCGUUGGCCUUUGAUAUGAGUAGCAUGGGAAAGGGUCAAGUCUGGGUAAAUGGUCAGAGCAUUGGGCGCCAUUGGCCUGGAUACAUUGCAAGUGGUCGUUGUAAUGAUUGUAGUUAUGCUGGAAACUACACUGAAUAUAAAUGUCAGACAAAUUGUGGGGAACCCUCCCAAAGAUGGUAUCAUGCUCCUCGGUCAUGGCUGAACCCAAGUGGGAACUUUUUGGUUGUGUUUGAAGAAUGGGGAGGUGACCCUACUGGGAUUUCUUUGGUGAAAAGAACCACAAGAACUGUUUGUGCUGAUAUAUCUGAAGGGCAGGCAACACUUAAAAGUUGGCACAUGUUUAAAUCUGGAAAAAUUUAUAGGCCUAAAGCUCAUUUACGGUGUUCACCGGGGCAAAAAAUCUCUCAGAUUAAAUUUGCUAGCUAUGGACAACCACAGGGGGUGUGUGGAAACUUUCUAGAGGGGAGCUGUCAUGCCAACAGGUCAUAUGAUGCUGCUAAGAGGAACUGCAUUGGCAAGCAAUCUUGCUUUGUAACUGUAGCUCCUGAAGUGUUUGGAGGAGAUCCAUGUCCAGGACUUGCAAAGAAGUUCUCAAUUGAGGCCUUGUGCAGCUCGUCCACCCAAGCACCAUUUUACCAGUAGAAGAGAAUUUUUUACGAGUCCUAUACAAAUACUCCAUGGCUUCUAUUACUACACAUAUACUUUCUUCACCUGACGACCAAAGGCACCUAUGGAAGGGAAAUUUGGCUGCAAAAGGUGCUACGUGCACAGGCACAGGAAAAAUAUACUAUAUUCUGAUUAAUUAUAUAUUUGCUCCAUACACUUCUUGGUUUGUAGCAAUGAAGAAUUCUGCUUUACACAUUUCUGUGAUAGCAAUGUAACGUGCAGAUUGUUACGUAUGAACACAUUGAAAGGAAUAUAGUGUCUCUUCUGAGUGGCCUCAAGGACUUGUUUGGAGC